AUGGACCAACUGAAGACCUUCCUACACAAUAGAUUUAGGAUCAAGGACUUGGGUAAGUUGCACUAUUUUUUAGGCCUGGAGGUUUUGUACAAGGCAGGUGGUGUUAUUAUCUCACAAAGGAAGUUUGUUCUUGACUUACUAAAGGAGUAUGACUACCUGGAGUACAGUGCUCUCACUUCACCUUUUGAUCUUAAUGUAAAACUAAGAGCGAAAGAGGGGAUGCCUUUUACAGACCCUACCUACUACAGAAAGCUAGUUGGAAAGCUGAACUUUCUCACAAAGAGAAGGCUGGAUAUUGCUUUUAGUGUGCAACAUCUCAGCCAGAUUAUGCAGAAUCCUAGGGAACCCCAUUUGAAAGAUGCUUUCCAUUUGUUGAGAUAUCUCAAAGCCUAUUUUAAUUCUGACUGGGCUGCUUGCCUGGACUUAAUAAAAUCUGUUAGUGGUUAUAUUGUAAUGUUGGGAAGUAGUCCUCUCAGCUGGAAAUCCAAGAAACAAGAGACAGUUUCAUUAUCUUCAGCAGAAGCUGAAUGCAGAUCUUUGAGAAAAGUGAUUAGGGAGUUAGUUUGGUUGAAAAGAUUACUUGAUGAAUUGACAGUCCCCUCUCCUGCUCCUACUAGAGUGUUUUGUGAUAGUGAGUCAGCUUUACACAUAGCAAGGAACCCAGUAUUUCAUGAACGAACCAAGCACAUCGAAGUAGAUUGCCACUUUGUUCGAAAGCAGCUGUAG